AUGGCCGCUGGCAUAACCGACGGCGCGUCCAGCAUCAAUGUCACAGUUCGAGUACGACCAUUUACGAUACGAGAGGCGGCACAACUUACCAAGAGCGAAGAUGGGCCGUUGUUCUUGGGAGAUGGGUCGCUGGCGGCCCUCCCAUCAGCGCCGAAGCUGGGACAGAAAGGGCUGCGGAGUGUGAUCAAGGUGAUGGAUGAGAAGUGCUUAGUCUUCGACCCGCCCGAAGACAAUCCCGUGCAGCGAUUCAGCCGAACAUUCAACCCCGGCGGCAAGCGAACGAAGGACCAGACAUUCGCCUUCGACAAGGUCUUUGACGAGAACACCACACAAGGCGAUGUAUACGAGGCGACCACGAAGAACCUGCUCGACUCGGUAUUGGACGGCUACAAUGCUACAGUCUUCGCAUACGGUGCAACAGGAUGCGGCAAGACACACACAAUCACCGGCACUGCGCAACAACCUGGCAUAAUCUUCAUGACCAUGCAGGAGCUGUUCGAAAAGGUCGACGACCUGCAAUCAGAGAAGGAGAGCGAAAUAACACUUUCCUACCUUGAGAUUUACAACGAGACGAUCCGCGAUCUGCUCAACCCCAACACAAACCCGAAGCAGGGCCUGAUGCUGCGCGAGGACGCAAACCAAGCAGUAUCAGUCGCUGGACUGUCAUCACACAAGCCGCAGAGCGUGCAAGAAGUCAUGGAUAUGGUUAUUCGAGGGAAUGCUAUGCGCACACAAUCGCCAACCGAAGCCAAUGCUACUUCUUCUCGCUCGCAUGCUGUGCUGCAGAUCAAUGUCAGCUUAAAAGACCGCAAUGCUUCAACGAUGGAGCCAGUGACGAUGGCUACACUUUCCAUCAUCGAUCUGGCAGGCUCCGAGCGCGCAUCAGCCACGAAGAACCGUGGUGAGCGUCUGCUUGAAGGCGCCAAUAUCAACAAAUCUCUUCUGGCUCUUGGAUCCUGCAUCAACGCUCUCUGCGACCCGCGCAAGAAGAAUCAUGUCCCAUACCGAAACUCCAAACUCACACGAUUGCUGAAGUUCAGUUUGGGUGGCAACUGUCGCACAGUUAUGAUUGUGUGCGUCAGUCCGAGCAGCCAGCACUUCGAUGAGACACAGAACACGCUUCGCUACGCCAACCGCGCCAAGAACAUCCAAACGAAGAGCGUGCGCAAUGUCUACAACGUCGACCGCCAUGUCAAAGACUACCUCAAGAAGAUCGAUGAGCAGAUGAACCGUAUCAACGAGCUCACAGCGCAGCAAAAGCAGUACGAGGAGAUGGCGUGGGUGAAGUUCCGCAAGGCAGAAACGAAGCGGAGAGAGCUUGCGCAUGAUGGUGUUGCGAGGAUACGAGCGGCUUAUGAUCAUUCGGCUGAAGAGCGGAGGGAGCGCAUUGCGAACCUCAAGCGGCUGCGGCAGGUGGAGAGAAGGAUCGGUGCUAUCAGCGGCUGGGUUGGAGCUUUCGACCAGGUCUGCGAGACGAGAGAUGACGAGGAGCCACCUGCUUCGCUUGUAUCGAUGCGGAAGACAGCGCAGGGCAUCCUGGUGGAGUUGGAGGGUAGUCGGCAGCAUUUCCACCAGCGACUGUCGAAGAACAACUGGACACGAGCACUGGACACUGCGUUACAAGAUGGCUUGCGGCAGCUGCAGAGUCUUGACGGGGCAACGGCUGAUGGUGCUGAGGAAACAAAUCUCAAGAAAGAAGUGGAGUUGUUGAAAGGCCGAGCAGAUCUCGAAGCGCAUCUGUCUGUUCUGGAGCAGGAGAAGGCUGGCGAGGCUGGGCUGAUGCAAGUCAUGCUUACUGCGCAGUUCGAAACCAUUGCCAUCCUCAACCAGAUCUUACAGAUGAGUGAGGAAGAGGCGAUCCAAGCUGCUCGAAAUGUCUUGGGCAAGCUCCUCACUUCCUGCACAGAAGCGACGAGCCAAGUCAUCAAGCCAGAUGGAGGACUUCAAAUCACCGAAGCAGUUCCUCCUACUCGUGGCGGUACUCCAAGGAAGCGAAAGCAAGUGCCUCUGAUGGGACCAAGCCCACUCAAGAACAAGAUCCGGCCUUCCCCAUCGUUCCCAGCGGCUUCAGCAAUACCACCACACAUGUCAUCCGAGCUUCAGCCUUCACCGCGCAUGCUUUCCAGCCCCGUACGAGCGAACUCAUCUCCUAGGCGGAGAGUCAAGCUCGGUGGCGCCCGAAAGGGUGUUGCAUUUACCGGCACUCCAAAGAAGAAGUCUCCCACCAAGAAGCGGGCUGUACGUUGGCGAGACGAUACGGAUGAUGGCGCGCUGGUAGAGUUUCAGGCUACGCCGAAGGCAUUCGACAGCACGCCUGAUGGGGAGAGCAACAACAGCUUCAACAGCACCGAUCUCCCGUCUGCUCCUCCAACGUUCUCAGCGAGCCUCGAAGGCGAGCAGGGCUCCUCACCGAUUCCUGCGCCACCCGUAGUGAGCAGUGAUGUUCGUAAGAUGAAUACUACUGGCUCGGGACGCUUCGCAGCAGGCUUUCUGUCAAAGAAAGGAGAUGGCUCACCACAAUCUCUCGGCCCGCCGCCAGCAUCACGCUACAACAACUUCUCCAGCGAAGACGAGAGCAGCCCUUUGCGAGAGAUGUCUGCCAAUAGCGCUCCACGCCCCGGCAACACCGCUCCUCCACCCACCACUACCCUCCGAAACAACACAUCAGCAGACCAGGACACCGCCUCCGUCACCUCCAACUCCGACGCCGAAGGCAGUGGCAGCGGCAAAACUUUCCCCCACUCCAAAGAAGACGCCGCCUCCCUCCGCUCCGCCAUGAGACUCUCCCGCACCUCCUCCCAGUCUUCCAAAUCGCGCACCUCCAACACUUCCCGCGAGAGCGUCCACCGUCGUCGCUCUCCCACCGCAACGUCGCCUCCUCCUGAGUCGAAUUUCUCAGCUUCUCAUGCGCGAAGGAUGGUGAAGUCCGAACGCGAGGAUGCGCUAAGGUCAGUUCUGAGUCCAAGGACGGCGCCGGUUAGUAAAGGCCAGGGACCGGUUGGGGUCAGGCGGAGUAUGGUGGAGGGGAGUAUGGGACGGGAGAAGGAGGGGCCGCCGGCAGGGAAGGGACAUGUGAGGCAGAGUUCUGUUGUGCCUGGGAGUGCAUCGAGGGUGGGUGGGGGUGGGAGUAAGGCUGCUUGGAGAUAG